AUGGCGGACUACGAUGAGGGUUACGAGUACGAGGAGGACUAUGGGGACGAGGAUGUCAACAUCACACCGGAGGACUGCUGGACUGUCAUAUCGUCUUACUUCGACACCAAGGGCCUCGUUUCACAACAAAUCGAUUCUUUCAACGAUUUCCAGGAGACGACAAUCCAGGAGCUUAUCGAUGAGUAUUCCCAUAUGACGAUCGACGAGAACAACCCACCAGUAUCCAACCUCGACGGCGAGAUCUUGCUCCGUCGCUACGAGAUCAAGCUGGGCAGUGUCAUAAUAUCCCGACCGGUUAUCACCGAGGGCGAUAGCACAACAGCGCCUUUGCUGCCAUACGAAUGCCGCGACCGAAAUCUCACCUACGCCGCUGCCAUUUACGUCGACAUCCGAUCCAAGACAUCAAGCUGCAUCGAGGAACCGAUACCAUUGCAGGAUCUUGAUGAUGAGCAGCAAGCAGAGAUGAGCAGAACUGGCGAGCAUCCUACGAAGCUGACCUGGCAUGUGGAAUCUGACAACACUGGUUCCGAAAAAGCGCCGCAGAGCGUUUUCAUCGGCAAGCUCCCUGUCAUGGUCAAGUCCAAAGCCUGUCAUCUGAGUCGCGAGACAGAAGAGGACCUCUUUCUGCUCAAUGAGUGUCCCUACGACCAGGGUGGAUACUUCAUCAUCAACGGUAGCGAGAAGGUGCUCAUCGCCCAGGAACGCUCCGCGGCCAACAUCGUCCAGGUGUUCAAGAAGGCGCAGCCCAGCCCAUUCUCCUACACUGCUGAGAUCAGGAGUGCCCUUGAGAAAGGCUCACGUCUCAUCUCCUCGCUCAUGCUCAAGCUCUAUACCAAGGGUGAUGCGAGCCGUGGUGCAUAUGGUUCCACCAUCCACACCACUCUCCCAUAUGUUAAGGCCGACCUUCCGAUUGCUAUCGUCUUCCGCGCCCUUGGAGUCGUGUCGGACGAGGAGAUUCUAAAUCACAUCUGUUAUGAUCGCAAUGAUAGUCAGAUGCUGGAAAUGCUUCGUCCUUGCAUUGAGGAGGCCUUUUGCAUCCAGGAUCGCGAGGUUGCUCUCGACUACAUUGGCAAGCGCGGUAACCAGACUACAGGCAUGACUCGCGACCGUCGCGUGCGUGCUGCGAAAGACAUUCUUCAAAAGGAAAUGCUGCCUCACAUUUCACAACAGGAGGGCUGCGAGACGCGCAAGGCUUUUUUCCUCGGCUACAUGGUUCAUAAACUUCUGCAGUGCUCGCUUGGCCGCCGCGACAUGGACGACCGUGAUCACUUCGGCAAAAAACGCUUGGAUCUUGCGGGUCCGCUUCUUGCAAAGCUCUUCCGCAACCUCGUGCGCCGCAUGACACAGGAGAUUCAGAUGUCCCUCCGCCGCGCAGUUGAGCAGGGCAAGGACUUCUUGAUUGAGAUCGCUGUGAAGCCCCAGAUCAUCACGAACGGCCUCAAGUACUCCCUUGCAACAGGCAACUGGGGCGACCAGAAGAAGGCCAUGAGUUCCACUGCAGGCGUUUCUCAAGUGCUGAAUCGCUACACCUUUGCAUCGACAUUGUCCCAUCUGCGGAGAACGAAUACCCCUGUUGGUAGAGACGGCAAACUUGCCAAACCGCGCCAGCUGCACAACACACACUGGGGACUUGUCUGUCCUGCUGAGACGCCCGAGGGCCAGGCUUGUGGUUUGGUCAAGAACCUGUCACUCAUGUGUUCUAUCAGCGUGGGAACAUCUACGGAACCCAUCAUUGAUUACAUGAUUACCAGGAAUAUGGAGGUUCUCGAAGAAUAUGAGCCCCUGCGGUAUCCAAAUGCCACGAAGAUCUUCCUGAACGGGUCGUGGAUUGGCGUGCACCAAGAUCCCAAGACCUUGGUCAGAGACGUUCAGCAGCUUCGGCGGAACAAUCAAAUCCCAGCUGAGGUAUCUCUGAUUCGCGACAUCAGAGACCGGGAAUUCAAGAUCUUCUCCGAUGCUGGCCGUGUCAUGCGGCCGCUGUUCGUGGUGGAACAAGAAGACAACCCGGAGACUGGGGUAGAAAAAGGGUCAUUGACGCUCAACAAAGAACACAUCAGGAAGCUCGAAAACGACCAGGCGCUUCCCCCGGGCAGCGAUGAAUAUUUUGGCUGGCAAGGCUUGGUCAACGAGGGUGUCAUCGAAUAUCUUGAUGCGGAAGAAGAAGAGACAUCCAUGAUCUGCAUGACUCCAGAGGACCUCGAAACGUUCCGUCUCGCAAAGCAAGGUCACGAUAUGACUACAGACAACAGCGAAGAGCCCAACAAACGUGUCAAGACUCGCAUGAACCCAACGACCCACAUGUACACGCACUGCGAGAUUCACCCCAGCAUGCUUCUUGGCAUUUGCGCCAGUAUCAUUCCGUUCCCAGACCACAACCAGUCUCCACGUAACACCUACCAGUCCGCCAUGGGUAAACAAGCCAUGGGCUUCUUCCUUACAAACUACUCGCGUCGCAUGGAUACCAUGGCAAAUAUUCUGUACUACCCCCAGAAGCCACUGGGUACCACACGUUCCAUGGAGUUCCUCAAGUUCCGAGAGCUGCCAGCUGGGCAGAACGCCAUUGUCGCCAUUGCCUGUUACUCUGGAUACAACCAAGAAGAUUCCGUCAUCAUGAACCAGAGCAGUAUUGAUCGUGGAAUCUUCAGGAGUCUGUUCUUCCGCUCGUACAGUGAUUGCGAGAAGCGCAUUGGCAUCAACACCAUCGAACAAUUCGAGAAGCCGUUCAGAGCCGAUACCCUUCGUUUGAAGCAGGGCACAUACGACAAACUCGAUGACGAUGGCAUCAUCGCUCCUGGUAUCCGUGUAUCUGGAGAGGACAUCAUCAUCGGCAAAACUUCCCCGAUCAAUCCCGAAAACGAAGAGAUGGGCCAGCGCACCAAGGUUCAUGUCAAGCGUGAUGCGUCGACACCACUCCGCAGUACAGAGAGUGGUCUAAUCGACCAAGUCAUUAUCACGACCAAUGCCGACGGUCUUCGAUAUGUCAAGGUGCGAGUGAGGACCACCAAGAUUCCGCAGAUCGGCGACAAGUUUGCCUCUCGUCACGGGCAGAAGGGCACUAUUGGUGUCACAUACCGGCAAGAGGAUAUGCCUUUCACACGUGAGGGCAUCACACCUGACAUCAUCAUCAACCCCCACGCCAUUCCGUCUCGUAUGACAAUUGCCCAUUUGAUCGAGUGUCUUCUCAGCAAGGUUGCCACCUUGAAAGGAAUGGAGGGCGAUGCCACACCCUUUACGGACGUCACUGUCGACUCUGUCUCCAACCUCCUUCGCGAGCAUGGGUACCAGUCAAGGGGCUUUGAGAUCAUGUAUCACGGCCACACGGGCCGCAAGCUCCGCUCUCAGGUUUUCUUUGGACCAACCUACUACCAGCGUCUGCGCCACAUGGUGGACGACAAGAUUCACGCGCGUGCUCGUGGACCCGUCCAAAUUAUGACACGCCAGCCUGUGGAGGGUCGUGCUAGAGAUGGUGGUCUGCGUUUCGGAGAAAUGGAGCGUGAUUGCAUGAUUGCCCACGGCGCGGCCGCCUUCCUCAAAGAGCGUCUCUUCGAGGUGUCUGACGCCUUCCGGGUCCACAUUUGCGAAAUCUGUGGACUGAUGACCCCAGUCGCUCACCUAACCAAGCAGACAUUUGAGUGUCGACCCUGCAAGAACAAGACACGGAUCGCGCAGAUUCACAUUCCAUAUGCCGCAAAGUUGCUGUUCCAGGAGCUGCAGGCGAUGAACAUUGCAUCCCGCAUGUUCACUGAUCGCUCGGGUGUAUCGGUGCGUUGA